GUUUGGGGCCUUGGCGGAAGGAAGCGCUUUCCCUGAGAGGAAAGGUGGCAAAGGUGGUUGUUUGGGUCCGAGAGGUAGCUUAAGAGGAAGGGCAGAAGCCGGCCGCUAUGGGGGUGCCGAAGUUUUAUCGGUGGGUCUCGGAGCGGUAUCCUUGCCUCAGUCAGGUGGUGAAGGAGCAUCAGAUUCCAGAAUUUGACAACUUAUAUUUGGACAUGAAUGGCAUUAUUCAUCAAUGUUCACAUCCUAAUGAUGAUGAUGUUCAUUUCCGAAUCUCUGAAGAUAAGAUUUUUGCUGAUAUAUUUCACUAUUUAGAAGUUUUAUUUCGCAUUAUUAAACCAAGAAAAGUUUUUUUUAUGGCAGUUGAUGGAGUAGCUCCAAGAGCAAAAAUGAACCAGCAACGUGGCAGACGUUUUAGGUCAGCAAAGGAAGCAGAAGACAAAAUUAAGAAGGCAUUAGAAAAAGGAGAAAUUCUUCCAACUGAAUCCAGAUUUGAUUCUAAUUGCAUUACACCAGGGACUGAAUUUAUGGCCAGGUUGCACGAACACCUGAAGUAUUUUGUAAAUAUGAAGAUUUCCACAGACAAAUCUUGGCAAAGCAUAACUGUCUACUUAUCAGGCCAUGAGACACCAGGAGAAGGAGAACAUAAAAUUAUGGAAUUUAUUAGAUCAGAAAAAACAAAACCUGACCAUGAUCCAAACACAAGACACUGUCUCUAUGGUUUAGAUGCUGACUUGAUAAUGCUUGGGCUGACAAGUCAUGACCCACACUUCUCCCUUUUAAGAGAAGAGGUCCGGUUUGGUGGCAAAAAGUCACAAAGAGCAAGUGCCCCAGAAGAAACCACUUUUCAUCUUUUGCACUUAUCAUUAAUGAGAGAAUAUAUUGACUAUGAAUUUUCACCAGUUAAAGACAAGAUUUCAUUUCCAUAUGAAAUUGAAAGAAUAAUAGAUGACUGGAUUUUAAUGGGCUUUCUUGUUGGAAAUGAUUUUAUUCCUCAUCUACCUCAUUUUCAUAUUAACCAUGAUGCAUUGCCGCUGCUUUAUAGAACAUACAUGACUACAUUGCCUGAACUUGGAGGUUAUAUAAAUGAAAGUGGGCACCUCAACUUGCCCCGCUUUGAGAAAUACCUUAUAAAAUUGUCAGAUUUUGAUCGUGAACACUUCAGUGAAAUCUUUGUAGAUCUAAAAUGGUUUGAAAGCAAAGUUGGUAAUAAAUAUUUAAAUGAAGCAGCUGGUAUUGCAGCUGAAGAGUCAAAAAAACAAAAAAAUCUCAAGGCUCAGGAAAACGUUAUAUGCUUGGAUGCUUUAGAGAAAACUGACAAUGGACAUAUAGAAGCUUCAAAAACAGCAGUAGAAGAUGAACUGGAAGAUGAGGGUUUGUUUGAAGCAGAAUUUAGACAAUACAAACGGACAUAUUAUAUGACAAAGAUGGGUGUAGAAGUUGUUUCAGAUGACUUUCUGGCUGACCAGGCAAAAUGUUACGUCCAGGCAAUACAGUGGAUAUUGCAUUAUUACUACCAUGGGGUUCAAUCAUGGAGCUGGUACUACCCUUUCCAUUAUGCACCUUAUCUCUCAGAUAUUUGCAAUAUCAGUGAACUGAAGAUUCAUUUAGAUUUAGGAAAACCAUUUAUGCCAUUUGAACAACUUCUUGCAGUGCUUCCUGCAGCUAGCAAGGAUUUAUUACCGAAAUGUUACCAGCAUUUAAUGACUAGUGAAGACUCUCCCAUUAUUGAAUAUUAUCCAACAGAAUUUAAAACUGAUUUAAAUGGAAAGCAACAAGAGUGGGAAGCUGUAGUUUUAAUCCCAUUUAUUGAUGAGAAAUUAUUAUUAGAAGCAAUGGCACCAAGCAACAAAUUAUUGAAAGCAGAAGAAAAGCAAAGAAAUAGACACAGUGAAUGCCUAAUGUGCUUAUAUGAUAGAGAUAAAGAAUUCCGGUAUUUAUCACCGUGGCCAGAAAAGUUCCUUUCCAUAGAAAAGUGUCAUACGAGGUGUGAAGCUGUGUCUAUGGAUGCUUGGCAUGUGGAUAUAGCUGAUAAUAAAAUUACUCAAUUAGAUACUGAGAAGUUAUAUUUUUGUGGCUUUCCUACUCUAAAACACAUUAAUCACAAGUUUUUUCUGAAAAAAAGUGGAGUGCAAGUAUUUCAGCAAAGCAGUCAUGGAGAAAAUAUGUUGCUGGAAAUUAUAGCUGCAGAAGACUCAGAGGAGUUAGAUAUAAAAAAAGUAGCCAGUUUGAUACUUGGGAAAUCAAUCUUUGUUAACUGGCCACAUCUUGAGGAAGCCAGAGCUGUUGCUGUAUCUGAUGGUGACACUAAGUUUUACUUGGAGGAGCGUCCUGGAACCCAAAAAGUUUAUAGGGGAAAUGCUGUGCCACCAACUAAAGUAGCAUUUGUUGGAGAAAAGGAAAAUAAUGUAUGGAUAAAAGAAAUCCAGGGAAUUUCAGAACACUACCAGAGAAGAAAAGGAGUAAUUAUAAACGAAACAUCUAUAAUUGUAUAUGCCCAAUUACUAACUGGGAGUAGAUAUCAGUUAAAUCAAAAUGGUGAAGUGUAUUUUGAAAAGCAGUGGUCCAAGCAAAAUCUACCUUUUGCAUACCAGACAAUUGUCAAGGAUAUAAAAACUUUUGAUUGCCGCUUCUCCAAAUUAAAAACUUUGGAUGACCUAUUCCCUCUUGGAUGCACAGUUUUCAUGCUAGGAACACCUUACUAUGGCUGUACAGGAGAAGUUCAGAAUUCCUCUGAUGUAAUCUCAGAUGGCAGAAUCCGUGUUGUUUUCAACAUUCCAAUUGAACCUCAGCUGGAUAUCUUAAUACAGAAUCAGCAUAAAUAUUCUGUGAAAUAUAAUCCUGCAUAUGUGUUGGCCAGUCGCCUUGGAGUGAGCAGCUAUCUUGUGUCAAGAUUUACAGGAAGCAUUUUUAUUGGAAGAGGAGCCAGGAGAAAUCCACGUGGAGACCAUAAAGCAAAUGUAGGUUUAAAUCUGAAAUUCAAUAAAAGGAAUGAAGAAGUCCCUGGCUACACUAAAAAAGUUGGAAAUGAAUGGAUGUACUCUUCUGCAGUGGAACAGCUUCUAGCUGAAUAUUUAGAAAGAGUACCAGAACUUUUUACUUACUUAGCCAAAAACAGUCCAGAAGAUAUAUUUUAUGAAGAUGAUAUUUGGCCUGGUGAAGAGGAGAAUGGUGCUGAAAAAGUUCAAGAAAUCAUGUCAUGGCUUAAGGCUCAUCCUGUCAGUACACUUUCACGUUCAUCUUGUGAUUUGCAAAUUCUGGAUGCAGCUAUCAUUGAAAAGAUUGAAGAAGAAAUAGACAAAUGCAAGCAAAGAAAAAGUAAUAAGAAAGUGCGUGUGACAGUGAAAUCUCACUUAUUAUACAGACCUUUAGAACAACAACAUGGAAUUUUACCAGAUCAAGAUGCAGAUUAUCGAUUGUUUGAUCGUGUUGUGAAUGUGAGAGAGAACUUUUCUGUUCCCCUUGGACUUCGUGGUACUAUAAUAGGAAUUAAAGGAGCCAGCAGAGAAUCUGAUGUGCUGUAUGAAGUACUGUUUGAUGAAGAAUUUCAUGGAGGUUUAACAAUAAGGAGUUCACCUUCCAGAGGAUACCGCAUGCCAGCUUGUGCCUUAAUUAACAUAUCUCAUGGCUAUCGAACUGAAACAGGAAAUCAGAAGUUAACAGCCAUAGUUAAGCCACAGCCAGCUGUGAGUUCCUACAACUCAUAUUCAUCAGAAUCCUUUUCUGUAUCUUCCCAAAAAGCACCUCUAGGAGGCCUCAAUCAUUCUCCUCGUUCCCUCUUUGUUCCAACUCAACAAUUGAAUGGAAGACAGCAUAAUAGUAUCAAAACAGAAAAGCAGGGCAAUUCCAGUUCUCAGCAGAAAGUAACCUAUACAAGUAUCCAUCAGAAAUGUAAACAAGCUCACAAUAAAAAAGAUGAUGAAUUUUGCAACAUUUGGCAAUCAUUGCAGAACCCUGGAAAGUCUCAGUCUUCCCUACAAAAUAAGGAUGAACUGGUUGAAGAUUUUUUACCUCAAUAUGUAAACUUCGGUGCCAGUAAUAGGUCCUGCAAACCAGGUUUCAAUGAGAAUAGCUUUAAAAUCCAGCAAAAAACCCAGGACUCAUUUAGGAAAUCUAAAGAAGAUUCUAAAGAGCCAAGAAAUGAAGGUCAAACACAAAAAAUAUCAAACAAACUGGUUGAAGAUUUUUUACCUCAAUAUGUAAAAUUCGGUGCCGGUAAUAGGUCCUGCAAACCAGGUUUCAAUGAAAAUAGCUUUGAAAGCCAGCAAAAAACCCAGGACUCAUUUAGGAAAUCUAAAGAAGAUUCUAAAGAGCCAAGAAAUGAAGGUCAAACACAAAAAAUAUCAAACAAACUGAAUUUUGCAGGUGCAAGUAAGAGUAAUGUAAAGCUUCUGAAAAGAAAUGAAAGCUCAAGUACACAAAUAGAACAAAAAUCUGCAAUUCAUGAUCCCAGUAUAACUGCAAAGAAUGGGUCUGAACUUGGAGAUAUUUUGGCAUCGUUAAAAAUUUUCAAAGAAAAGGAACAAUCAUCUGAUUCCAAGGAGCCAACAAAUGAAGAUCAUUUAUCUCCCCAGUCUUUUGCCAUGAAAGGAACACAGAUGCUCAAAGAAAUUUUGAAGAUAGAUGCUUCUGCCACUCCAGAAAGAAAGACUAAUGAAAUUUCACCUUCCACUUGUAAACAGGACUCUUUUGAACCUGCAUCACAAUGUAGACACCCCCAAAAGAUAGUGGACUUCAUGAAUAAAUCUAAUAUUGGAGGGUCACAGAACAUUCAAGCUAUGGGAAAAGGAAGCCAUCCUCCACUUGGAACACCAAAUACAGUAUCCACUGCUGUGUCUGAACUUUCUCGUAUCUGUUCUCUUGUUGGAAUGUUGCAACCAGAUUUCUCAUUCCUUAGAACCCCACAGACAAUGACAGUUUGUCAAGUGAAGUUAUCCAAUGGCUUAUUAGUGCAUGGACCUCAGUGCCAUUCUCAAAAUGAGGCCAAAGAGAAAGCAGCAUUUUUUGCUUUACAACAGUUGAGCUCUAUUGGGAUGAAUUUUCCCCUGCCACCGCAGCAACCAUUGCCACCCCCACCAAUAUUUCCAAAUUAUCAGCCACUGGGAAAUCUUAUGGCACCGAGAGCAAUCCCACCGGUUUUUAGUCAACAGCAGACUGCUAAUAUAUUUCCUUCAUCAUUUCCUGCCUUUGGUUCAGUGCAAUGGGGAGCAGCAAUGCCAGUUCACAACAAAUCUUACUAUACAGGUUCAUAUCCUGGAACUGCAUAUCCUGCAACAAUACCAGUUGGCACACAUAACCAAUUUAUACCUUUGCAGGUAACUAAAAAAACAGCUGCAAACAAAAUAACUUUUGAGUCUAAGGAGUUCCAAGCUUCUCUUCAGGAUGCACAGUUAAAGAACGAUCAGUCAAUAUCUGACACUACAAAACUGAAUUCACCAGAUACUUCCUCAGAUCCUUUAAGACCCUCUCAGACUGUUCAAUCUGCAGCAUCUUUUCAAGAAAAAAUGGCACCUCCAAAUUCAAGGGUACCUCGUAAAAAGUCAACACCAAAUGUUUCUACCAAACGAAAACCCAGAAAAUUGGCUGUCAAUUUUGGUACAUCGAAAUCUUCAGAAUAAGUAUGGUACACAGAAUACUUACCUUUUUAUUGUAUUAUACGAAUAAAUUCAAUUUUAAAAUUUAAUUCUAAUCCAAAUUAUGCUUUUAAUUAAUAUUUUCUGCCAGUCACAUUAUUUUUAAUACUAAUUAUGCUCAUUAAAGAAUAUUAUUUAGUUGAUAAAAUCCAGAAACUUUUGAAUUAAGGUAGUUAUACUAGCCAUCUUGCCUAAAAAAUUUUUUUAAAAUGGGUUUUAAACAUUAACGCAAGAGAGCAGCAAUAAUAUUGAUAGCGCUAGAAUUGCUUUUUCAAAACUGGAAGUGAGUCUGAAAGAAUUAUUUCUGAUGAUUUGUCUCCUUUUUAAAGAUUACAUAACUUCUACAAACUAUUUAUAUGUAACCAUUAUUUUAUUUCUAUAUUUCAGAUUCUUUUAAUCUGAUACGGCGUGAAUAGAUUUUAACUACUGUGGCACUGCCAACUUUAUAUAAAAUUAUAUCUAGGAAUUAUACCAAAGCAAUUUAAGAACUUAAACAUGUCCUAAAAUUAUUGUACAAUUACAACUACCUGACAAUUACAGGUAGUUAUGACAAUUAGGACGAGAAUUUCUGUCACUAAGUGAUGUGGUCAUAAAGUAAGAAUAAUGUUACUGACUACAUUGCUUAAUGACUACAAUCCAGCAUUCUUUGUCCCUCCCAGCCAAAGUCUCAAUAAGGUAACGGACUGCCUCCAGUUUCCCCCCUCCCAUCUAUCUCACACCCAGUUUCUGCCCUUUGACCACCCUGUACUCUACCUUGUGGAGCAGCAAGCAACCCCAAGAACAACAUGACUGAGGCUGUGUGACAUGCCAUGGGAAGCUCAGCCUAGUCCUAGUUAAUCUUACCACUCUGCACUAGCAGACCCCUCCCACCCUGUGCUCUGCAACCCCCCCUCCACUGAUCUUCACCAUUUCCUUGCUCCCACUGCCAACGAGGUAUGCCUAAUCUGGCUGCUGGACUGGGCAGCCCUUCCGCUGGGGGGGGGGGCGUGGGGGGGAGUUCAAGGCAGUCCCUUUGCAAAAAGUUUCUCAGCAAAGCUGAGCUUUAUGUUCCCAAAAUAAAUAAAUAAAUAAAAACUAAAAGCAGUCCCAAGGAGGGGAGGGUUGGAACAGUAGGCUAAUCCCUUCUAGAAGCUCUUUACAAGGGGUUGCUUUGAGGGACCCCUACACUUUUAGUAACAGAAAGCUCACCCCCACCCAGAAGCUGGUUACGAAAGGUCUGCUUCAGGUUUUAUUUUUCCACAGCUGAAGCCAAGUCCACCAACCAGGCUGGGCAAACCUCAUCAGCAGUGGGAGGAUGAAGACAGUGAAAGUUAGCUGAGGCAGUGGAGCACACGGCGUCAGGGUUCCCAAAAGGCACAGAUGGGGGCAUAGGUGGGGAGGAAUUGAAGUGCCCCUGGGGUCAUAAAUGUAGGCAGGCUGUCAAGCACUCAAAAUUUGAUCAGGCAGCCAUAGGGGUGCUACAACAGCUGUAAUUCAGGCAUGGGUUGUAAGUGUAUUUAUUCACCACCAUCAUAUCUUUGAACAGUCAUGAAUGGUGGUCAAGGACUACCUCUAAAUGUAUUUAACUAAAUUGCAUCAUGUUGUAGCAAAUAAGGUACACAAUUUAUUGAUCUGGGUUUAUCCUGAACACAAAAAUUAUUUCUGCACAUUGUUCAGUAAUCUCAUACACUUGGAUGUGGCAUACAACAUGAGCUCUGAACCUAUCCUUAUUUAUGAAAAUGAACUCUUUACAAUUUGGAACAGUUGUUUUUUCAUAGGAUAAAAAUUUUAUAAGAUUUCCUAGAAAAUAAUUGACAGUCUUAACUGAUUCUUGGACACCCCACAAGUCUUUUUAUUUUUGUUUCAUUGUUCACCUUCAGUGUCUUUUGGGAGAAAUAAAACAUGAAUCAGCAGGAUAUUGUUUUAUUACUAACGUCUGAAACAUUCAGAAUGUUUUUUUUUUACUGGAAGCAGCAAUAGCAUUAUAUGCAUGAGUAUGAUCACUUUCAAAUAACACAUUUUUCAUGCUAGAGUAAUUUCACUAUAGGAAAAUACCCAAAUAAUGGUGUCAAUAUAUUAUCUCCACAUACUUGCAUCCAAGCCGAGUCCAUGUAGAUCCAACACAAAAAACUCCUUUUUAACAUGAAAUUUAACAAUUUCAGGCAAAAUUAGUACAUUGUUACAUCACAGCAUGGGAAGUGGCCAUACUCACCACCUUCAAUUUGAACAAACAGUACUUUUCUUAUACUUUGCCUUGAAUUAUGUUUAACAGAGAAUACUUACUUAAUGAUGGCAUUUGGUUUUAAAUCCAGAGUAGUUUAGGAAUCAGCCUAUUAUUUUUCUGAGUUUAAGUAAAUUAGGCUGCCUGUUAAUUUGGGUUUUGGCAAUAGGUAUGGUAUGGUGAGGGAUGAAGUGGCUCAGUUGGCUAAGACUCUGAGCUUGUCGAUUGAAAGGUCAGCAGUUCAGUGGUUCGAAUCCCUAGUGCCGCAUAACGGGGUGAGCUCCCGUUACUUGUCCCAGCUUCUGCCAACCUAGCAGUUCGAAAGCACGUCAAAAAUGCAAGUAGCAAAAUAGGGGCCACCUUUGGUGGGAAAGUAACAGCGUUCUGUGCACCUUUGGUGUUUAGUCAUGCCAGCCAAAUGACCACAGAGACGUCUUCGGACAGCGCUGGCUCUUCGGCUUUGAAACUGAGAUGAGCACUGCCCCCUAGAGUCGGGAACGACUAGCACGUAUGUGCGAGGGGAACCUUUACCUUUUAAUAGGUACGGUCUGGUUACAGAUUUCCAUGGAUGACAACCACUUUUAUUUGCCAGUGUGACUGAAGGUUGGAUUGCUUUUUGUUUACAUGUUAAGGAAUAUAAACAUUCAUAUUCUAGGCCCUGGAAUGUUUUUUUUCUGUGUCAAAAUCUGUAAACUCUGUGUUAGCAACUAAGAAAAAGUUGACUUUCAACUAGCAAAAAUAUGCAUUUUUUCCUAUUAGAUUUAUAUUUGUUUUUUAUCCAAAUUGCUACUUACUUUCAAUGAUUUCAUUCAUAUCUGUACAUUACAUCUGUUGUAUUUUCAUUUUUCUUAUGAAUCAGCCAAAUCAGUGUUAGUGUCCAUAUAAGGUACCCUGGGGUUUUUUUAUGUUGUAAGACAUAAAUAAUUGGCUUAAGGUCUCUCAGAGUGUAUUUUAUAAAUGCUGGAUUUUUUCACAAAUCUUGUACAAAACAGUAUUUUAUUAAAAUCUCAAAGGGAAAAUGUGCAGAUUUUAUAAUUUCUUUUCUAGAAAAUGCUUUGUCUACCUAAGUGAGAUGUCAUAAAUUGGCAUGAAUAUCAAGUGUAUUUUUGUGUAUAGUGCGUGUAUGUCAGAAUUCUAUCAUAUCAUAUAAAAUAUUGUGCAAAGGUAUUUUAAAAUGCAAAUUUACAAUGUACAAUGAAGGAUUAACAUAUAUGGUUGAAAUACCAUGGAGAAAUUUAAUACAAUAAUUUUAUAUAA